AUGUACUUUGACGCGUACAAUACAGGCGGGGUCCAGCAUGUCGUCUCUUUCGAGGAGAAGAGACUUGACGACUACAAGGAUGCGAGCGCUUUCACGGUCUACAAGAUCCUUGACUUCAUCUCCAAGAUACCGAAGGAAUACGGAUGUUUGGGACGAGCAAUGUACGAGUGGAAGCAGAAUCCCUUCAGCUCAAGCUGUCGAGAUUCUCCGGUGUGGAUGCUACAUACGGUUGGAUGCGGCUACUACGCUGCCCGCAUAUGCAAAGGGCGAGAUCAAACUCAGUCGGACCUAUCCCAUUAUGCGCCAUAUAAGGCUGGCUUACGUGGCCUCCAGUGGUCUGCAACAUCUCCGCAAAUUCAUGGCAGCAUAUUAUGCUACAAGCACGACAAAACCCACAACACGCACGCUGAGUUGGUUCCGCUAUUUACAAAGUAUCCCGACUUUCUUCGCGACGUCAUGGCACACUAG